CCUCGAUCGUCCCGCCCCUCGACGACCACGCCCUCCGAUUGGCGGCUCGUCAAUCGUCCCGCCCGCUGAUUGGCCCACCGGCCGCCCGGCCCGCUCCCUCCCUUCGGCGCGCGGCCCCCGGAAGUGACGUCGAGAGCCGCUCGCCUGCAGCGCAGAUGGCGCAGCGAGCGAUGCUGAGGAGGGUCCUGGGCUCCCCGUGGUGCCGGAGGGCCGCCCCGGCGCUCCCCCGGCCCGGGAACACCGCGCCCGCCGCCCGCGCCCUCCUGCUCCGGCCCGGCCCGACUAUGAACAGGACGCCCCCGCCGGCCCCCCGCCGCUCAGCCGCUACCAUUUACAACACGGCCCCCGCCGUCACCUUCCACAUCCAGGACGGGCCCGACUUUCAAAACCGCGUCGUCAACAGCCAGACCCCCGUCGUCGUCGAUUUUCACGCCCAGUGGUGCGGGCCCUGCAAGAUCCUUGGACCGCGGUUAGAAAAGAUGGUGGCCAAGCAGGAAGGGAAGGUCCUGAUGGCCAAGGUGGACAUUGACGACAACACGGAUCUUGCCAUUGAGUAUGAGGUUUCCGCCGUGCCGACCGUGCUGGCCAUCAAGAACGGAGACGUGGUGGACAAGUUCGUGGGGAUAAAGGACGACGACCAGCUGGAGGCGUUCCUUAAGAAGCUCAUCGGCUGCUGAGCCCGCGGGGCCGCCAGUAGAACUUGCUAGCCGUCUCUUCGGACCUAACCUCCCUCGCCCCGCCCAAACCACUGUCUUCCUAGCCCUCCUGGCCACCCCGUGGGCUUCCCCGGGGGGAGGCAAGAGAAGGCCCCCCGUCUCCCGGCGCGGGAGAUGAAAGCGAAUGUGCUUCCUAAGAUGGGACUACAGGAGACUGGCAGAAAGGGGGAAAAUGCCGCUACUGCCGUCUUGGGGAAUGGGCGGCCGGGGACUUCUCUCUGAAGUGGCCGGAGAGAUCUCUCCCUCGUGGCUUGGCUUACUAGCAGGGUCGUCCUAUUUUUGCUGUGAAACCUUUUCCCCUCCUCUCUCCUCCCCCCGGCUCCUAUUCAAACCAGACAGGUGUGGCAGCAGAAACUGGGUGGGUGAGGUGAGGACGAGUCUCUCUUUCUCUCUCCUCUCCCCCCCAAGCCCUUUUCCCCGUAAGAUCCCAAGCCUUGAACGUACCCGGUGACCAGAUGCAGCCAGUCCGUCCCUUUUGUCAGCAGGAGGUCAAGUCCAAUAAAACUCUGGGUUUUGCAUCGUCAAAUAA